AUGACUCAGUUCGUCAAAUCCGGUGUUUUCCGCCCAACUGAGUUUGUGCUGCGACCUAACAAGAGGCGCAAAAAAGCCAAGGGACAUGAGAAACAGGAAGAUAAAAUACUCAAAUCAGUUUAUGCAUCAUCUGUGGCUCGCUACGUCUUCAAGAACAAUAGACCCAUCAUCCCACCAGAGGAGGCCCUCCGAAAAUGCAACCUGCUCGCUGAUGAUGAGACUAGCUUGGCAGAUAUCGCGACUACAAGGGCGAGUAAUCUUGAGGUUGGAAGGCUCGAGGCAGGCUGGGAAGCAAUACAUAAUUGCCUUCAACCGACGUGA